CUACUUAGUUCAUUUUAUAAUUCUGUAAAGUAUCACUCAAGGGAGUGUUAAUCACUGAUUAAGCAGCUAAUGUUGUCUGUUCUUUUGUUGUUGUUUUUGAGGCUGGGUGUAGCUCUGGCUGUCCUGGAACUAGCUUUGUAGACCAGGCUGGCCUCAAAAUCAGAGGUCUCCUUGCCUCUGUCUUGCAAGUACUAGUGUUAAAGGUAUGUUUUACUACCAUCUGGCCAGAAUAGCAAUAUUUUAUAUGUACUUUCCCCUUUCACGACCUUCUCCCCAGAUUUGGCGGUUCUUUGGUUUUUGAGAUACUGUCCAGACUGGCCUCCAACUCAUGAUCAUCCUGCCUCAUCUUAAGUGCUGGAACAAAUGUUCAUUAAUGCCUGCCUUCCCCUACCCUUUAGAGGAGCCCAGGGGCCAUCUGUACUUUCCCCUGUCUGCCUACCACUCUCUGAAAGGUGUAUUUGCUGAUGGAUUUAAGAAACUACAGUGAGAUCUCAGUCUGGAGACAAUGAGAAUAUGACUCUAUCUUAUGUGAAAUAAAUGGGACUUUUGUUAAAGGGAGGGAGGAAGGAGGAGAGUGCUGUUUAGGAAUAAGUUAAUGAUUUAGGUUAGACUUUGGAGACGAAGGAUAAGAGUUUUUCUAGAAGCCAGCUUACAUUUCUGUAGUCAGUGGUGUUUUCUCUUAAGUUAUCAGGAUGGCCAGAAGAAAAAACUAAGUCAUCUCUUUUGUAGGUUAAGUAAGCUAAACGUUGCUGAGUUCUUAGUGCUUACCAAAGCUCCUUCUGGUUUCACCUUUGCAUAUACCCUGGGGUCCGUGUCCCCCCCCUUCAUUUUUCUCAGUCUUAUACCCCUUGAAUUUGGAGGAGCUUGAGACUCUGGGAAAGCUAGAACCACAGACUGAGUGUACAGUAUACAAGUUCAGAAAUACAAACACACAACACACGUACGACACACAUUUAAUGACUUUUCAUUCGUACAUUCUCACCUUCCUGUCAGAUAAUGAGUACAUUUAUAAUACAAGUCAUCAGUAUGCUCUGGAUAUACAGGAGUUUGUGACAUAAGGGAUUUUCCAUAGCCAGUUUUUCCUCCAAGUGGUGUACAGCUUUUGAUUUCUGUAUAAUAAUAUCCCACCCUCCUAUGUAUACACAUUUCUGAGGGUGGAUCUACCAUUGGAGGAAGGCAUUCUUGAAUAUACAUAAAUGAAGCAGUAUCUUUCUAACUAUGGAAAAAGGUUAUGGGCUAGUUUGAGGAAGAUGAUCAUUAUAAACCCUUGGGUGUAAGGCUGUACAUCUGUCCAGUUAGAUAUACUUUCACCUGGGGAAUGGUUCUAGCAUUUAAAUGCUUUUCCUAGAAUGCAGUAAUUCUGGAAAUACACUGGACAUAGGAGUAUGUAUGAUGAUUAAAAAUGGAUGGCAGGAAGCUGGCUAUAGCUCAGAAUACUUGCCUAAUUUAUAAGCCCUGGGGUCAAUCCCCAGCACUCCACAAACUGGGUGUGAAAGUACAUGCUUGUAAUUACAACACUAGCAAGUGGAUGCAGAAGAAUCAGAAGUUUAUGAUCAUCUUUAGGUACACAGUUCAAGGCCAGCCUGGGCUACGUGAAACCCUGUUUCUAAAAAGACAAAAUGAAGGCAGGUGGACUGGGGGUUUUACUUGUUGGCAGAAUACUGCUUUUUAUACAGAAGGCCCUAGAUUUGAUCCCUAGUUUCAUGGAAGGAAGGAUCAAUUACAGGCAUAAUCAAGGUCUUGGAAAUGGGGUUCAGAGGUAUAAAGAGGAGUGAUUCCCAUCUACACUUUAGUACAGGGGCAUGACUUGUAAAACUUAAGGCCGUCUGUUUUCAUUAGGUCCAAUGUCCUCACGGGUAUUCUAUAGAGAAUGCAGAUGAGCUUUCAUUGUCUCUGUUUUGCGAACGCCAACAAACCAUUCCCUCAGGUUGAGGAGAGAUACUGGAAGGGUAAAUGGAAACACAAAGGAUGAGAGAAAGAAAGCGCAAGAGGAAAAAUAGACAUUUUUUCUUGAUUCUUCUAUGACCCUCAGGCCAUUGAUUUAUAAGAGUAGCAUUUAAAGGGGUAUGAGCUGAAUGAUUCUGGAAAUACUUGGAUUUUGCCACCUGUGUACAUUUUGCAGCUCCAUGAUGGUUUUGUACACUUCCCUUUAACAAAUCUGAUUGUAAAGGAUCAAAUGUCAGGCCAUUUUUAUAACAAAACAUGAUCCCUGAUGUGAACUUUAUUACUUUGUUUGCAGUAGAACCAGCUGCUGCCGGUGUUUUUAUCCUCUAUCCUUUUCUUAUCCCUGGAGAUAGUAAACCUGGAUAUUAAUAGCUUUAGCCUCUUCAUGUUUACAGAUAUCUUCAUUUCUUAAGUACUAUUUUUCAGAUAGAGGAGAAAUUUACAUAUGAAAUUUAAAAUUUUAAAAGUUAGCAAUUAAAUGGCAUUUAGUGGUCUGUUGAUAUAGUUCAGUUGGUAGAAUGCUUACCUAGUAUGUAUGAAACCCUGGGUUUGAUUUCCAUCACUUAUAAACCCAGUAUGGGCUGGGUGUGGUGGUGCACGCCUUUAAUCCCAGCACUCGGUAGCAAAGGCAGGUGGAUCUCUGGGAGUUUGAGGCCUGCCUGGUCUACUGAGGUAGUUCCAGGACAGGCUCCAAAGCUACACAGAGAAACCCUGUCUUGAAAGAACAAAACAAACAAAAAUACCCAGAUGGGAGUAUACUUGUCAUUGGAAUACUCAGGAGAUAGACUCAGAAGAAUCAAAAUUUGAAGUUCAUUCUCAUCUCCAUAGGAAGUUUGAGACCAGUUUGGGAUACUUGAAACCCUUUGUUUUUGUUGUUACUUAUUUUGGUUUUUCAAGACAGGGUUUCUCUGUUGCUCGGGCUGUCCUGGAACUCACUCUAGGUACCAAACUGGCCUCACACUCACAUAGAUCUGCCUGCCUCUGCCUCCACCACUACCCAGCUUUAAUUUAUUAUUUUUUUAAUUUAUUUAUUAUGUUUAUAGUGUUCUGGGCACCAGAUCUCAUUAUAGAUGGUUGUGAGCCAUCAUGUGGUUGCUGGGAAUUGAACUCAGGACCUCCAGAACAGCAGUCAGUUCUCUUAACCUCUGAGCCAUCUUUCUAGCCCUAUUAUUAUUUUUUAAAGUAUAUUCAAAGAGUUAUAAACCUCUCUAUCUAUAUCUAAAACAUUUUCAUCCAACUUUUGAGGCAGUUAAUUCCUCUUCUCCAUCCAGUCUAUGAUAACUGUCAAUCUCUCUCCCAGUUUACUCCCUCCCCCUUGUUUCUUCCCAACAUAUAAAUCCCAAUGUGUUCAUCAUUCAUUCAUUAUUGGACCUUUAGUUGUUUCAAUUUACUAUCUGGACAGUGUUGUUGUGGGCAUUCAAAUGAAAACAUUUAUUAGAUAACCAUUUUCAGUUGUUUGGAGGAACAUACCCAAGAAUGAAAUUUCUUUAUCAUGUAGUAAUUUUAUGUUACUUUCCUCCCUUCUUCCCUCCCUCCUUUGUUCUUUCUUUUCUUUUUGUGAGACAUUGUAUUCCUUGCUAGCCUUGAAAUCACUGUGUAGUCUAGUCGGGUCUAGAAUAUGCCCUGUGGCAGUUCCCCUGCCUCUGAAGUACUGAGAUUAUAGGUGAAAGCCAUACAUGCCUCCCUUUUAUUUCUUUUUUGAUAGCCAUCUUUAUGGGGCAAUGAAAAGAUAUUUCAUUAUAGUUCUGAUUAAUAAUUUCUUAAUGACCAGUGAACAUCUUUUCCACGUAUUUUCCAUUUGCAUAUUUCUUUGGUAAAAUACCUACUUAAAUAUCUUGUCCCUUUUUAAUGCAUUUCAUUUAAUUUUUGAGAGUUUCAGACAUAUAUAUUAUAUUUUGAUCAGAUAUACCUCUCAUUCUUCCCUCAAAUUCUGCAUCCUCCACAUACACCAUACACACAACAGGACCACUCCCAAAUUCAUUUCUGUUUAAAACAACCCAUUCAGUCCAGUUAGUGGUGCCUGUAUGUAUAUGGGUUUGGAGCCAUCCACUGGAUCAUGAGGACACUUCUUCCAGUGACCACACUCCCCUCAGUUGCCAGUAAUUCUUCCGUUAGGAGUCAAUACCUCCUGAACUCCUUCUCACACAUGCUGGAAUUUUGACUGGCUGAUCUGUUGUUGUUUUUUUGUUUGUUUGUUUUUCAAGACAGGGUUUCUCUGUGGCUUUGGAGCCUGUCCUGGAACUAGCUCUGUAGACCAGGCUGGUCUCGAACUCACAGAGAUCCGCCUGCCUCUGCCUCCCGAGUGCUGGGAUUAAAGGCGUGAGCCACCAUCUCCCGGCUUGAUCUGUUGACUUUUGUACAGAGGACCACAGUCUGAUUUUAUGAAUAAACACCAUGUCAUGUUCAAAAGACAGCAUUUUGUGGCAUUCCUCUCCAUUUUCCAGUUUUAUAUUAUUUUUCCUCCCCCCAGACAGUGUUCCCUGAAUCUUGGUGGGCUUGGGUAUGAUAUAGAUGAUAGUUGUCCCAUUUAGGCCAGAGCACUCAAGGUCACAUAUUCUUAGCACUUAAACCAGUUAUGUAGUUCUCCAUUAACUACUGUGCAUUGCAAAAACUGCUCUGACCAGGGCUGAGAGUAGUACAGCCCUCUGGGAAUAAAAGUAAACAUUUAGAAAGAAGUUUGACAACAUAGGCACUUAGCAAAAACAACAGUCUUAGUUUCCCCCUAGGGCCUAUGAAUGCCCCACUCAGACUUUUGACCAGGUUUAGAGUACCAACCAUGAAUUUCUUCUUGUGUAGCUGGCCUCAAAUACAAUCAGUAGCAGUUGGUUACCUCCAUAAUGGCCAUGCCACUAUUUUACAUUCAGUGAGCAUACAUUAUAUUUUAUUUAUAAUUUUAGGGCCUAACACUGGGUAAGGCCAUUGAUGUUUUUUCUCCUCUAGUAGACAGCAUAGCACCUCUGGCACUAUGAAAGCUAGCUAGCAGAGAGAAUGUUUCCUGGUCAGUUCUGUAUGUCUUGUACCCAAAAUAUGUAUUGUCUUCAGCUAUAGGUCUUCAGCAUCAACUUAGGAUAGACUUUGCUUGUUUUUAGUUGGGUUGUUUAUUGUCUGUUGUUCAUAGGGUUGGGUGUUGUUUUGAGACAAGGUCUCACAGUGUGACUGUGUACUGGAACUCAGAAAUCUGCCUGCCUCUGCCUUAAAGGUGUGUGCCAACACGGUUGGUAAGAGUUUUGUUUUUUGGAGUUUUUGCGGAGACGGAAGUUGAGACUGGGUUUCUCUGUAGCUUUGGAACCUGUCCUGGAACUAGCUCUGUAGCCCAUGCUGGUCUCGAACUCACAGAGAUCUGCCUGCCUCUGCAUCCUGAGUGCUGGGAUCAAGAGGUUUUUUUUUUAUGUAUUCUUAUUAACCUCCUUAUGAGUGUAACUUACAAAUAUUUCCUCUAAUUCUUUGGGUUGUUGUUUCACACUGUUGAUGGUAUCUUGGCGUUUUUUCAGUAGAUCUCAGAUUAUUCCUGUUAGUAUUUCUACAGUCAUUCUUUUCUUUGUAUUCAAAAGUCCUUUUCCCUGUCUAGGUGCCUUUAGGGUAUUCCUGUCUUUCAAGGUCAGUUCCAACUGCUUUCUGCUUCAUAAAGUCACCUAUAACUUACUCACUAUGGAGAUGUCUCUGUUCUCCCAUUAGUGCUUUCUAGAAGAUUUCAUCGUACUUUAUAGUUUGUAUAUGAUACCCCCAUUUAGAUGAAAUAUAUAAGUUUCUUCUUGUUUUCAAUUGACAGGGUUUCUUUGUUAUAGCCCUCUGCUGAGAUCACAGGCAUAUGCCCAAUAGAAAUAUAUAUAAUAUUUUACAAGUGGGGCUGGACAGAAGGCUCAGAUGUUAAGAGCACUGGCUCUUCCAGAGGUCCUGAGUUCAAUUCCCAGCAACCACAUGGUGUCUCACAACCAUCUAUACUGAGAUCUGGCACCCUCCUCUGGCGUGCAGGCAUACAUUGAGGCAGAAUGUUGUAUACAUAAUAAAUAAAUAAAUCUUAAAAAAAUAUUUUACAAGUGAUUUUACCUGUUGAUCAGUAAAUAUACAUUGGAUAAAUGGAAGUUUUAAGUUUUUCUAGUAUGAUCUUUCGUGAGUAGGCACAGGUAAAAGAAAAGACAGGAAAGGAAACUUGGGUAUCACAGAGUCCCAGCUAGACUAGCGGAUGGAUAUGACCUUGAUUUUACUUCCAAAUUUCCAUGUUUUAGAGAUUUUCUUCUUAAUUUUCUAACACGUUUUUUUUUAAGAUAAAGUGACCUUUUAUUUUCUUUUUCCCCUUGAUAUGCUAAACUCUAUUUUAUUUUAUUUUAUUUUAUUUUAUUUGAGAUAGGAUUUCUCUGUGCAACAGCCCUGGCUUUCUUGGUAUUCAUUUCAUAUCCAGGUGUCCUCCUCGAACUCAGAUUCGCCUUUCUCUACCUUCUGAAUGCUGGGAUUAAAGCAUCUUGUCCCCAAGUUCAUUGGGCAUGGCUCCACGUUCACAACGGCGAAAGCACAAGAAAUCUCCACCUGUGACUCCCAUGGUUGUAAUCCCACCUACAGAAAUAUCUUCGGAACCUUCAACCCUCUUAAAAGCUGACCCUAGCAUUGAUGCACUUGGCUUCAUUUCCUUGGAUAAUAAUGUACCAGGUCUGUCCCAGUUGAUACUUCAAAAGCUGAACAUGAAAAGCUAUGAAGAAUACAAGUUGGUGAUAGAUGGGGGAACCCCAGUAUCAAGCUUUGGAUUUCAGGGUCCACAAGAAAUGUUCCAGAGGAUGGAGGACACGUUUCGUUUCUGUGCUUACUGUAAAGCACUCCCUUGCAGACUUCCAGAACACAAGGUUCUCCGGCACUGUAAGAGGUGCAGAAAUGUCUAUUACUGUGAUACAGAGUGCCAGAGGUCAGAUUGGCCAGCACAUAGGAAGGUUUGUCAAGUGCUCCGUCUUGUGUCUGUGGAUCGUGUCAUGGAAUGGCUUCUGGUUACAGGUGAUUUUGUCCUACCCUCAGGACCUUGGCCAUGUCCAGCAGAAGAUAUACAGGAUUGGGAUGCCUGGUUUACUAUGAGGGGUUUACAGCUAGAGUCUACACUGAAUACUGUUCUCAGUAGCAAUGCUAUGACCAUGCUUUGGGCCAAUCUAGGAAGGCCACAGCCAGAACCUGAUGUUCUGUACAGCUCUUUGAAGCGGUUGAUAACAGAUGUUCUGUCACGGCCCUUGACCCUGGGCCUAGGGCUUCGCACUCUGGCCAUAGAUGUUGGGAAGACUGGAGGAAGCGCAUUGCAUAUAGUUGGUGCUUCCCACGUGGAGACAUUUCUCAUUCGUUCUGGAGAUUAUGAUGAGCUUGGCUAUAUGUUUCCUGAACAUCUUGGCCUCCAUGUGAUCAUGGUGGGUGUGGAUGUGGGUGCUAACCUUUUACAGAGUUCCUCACCUUUACCCCUGGAGCCUGGAACAAUUCAGCUUAGUGGCCACAAGGCUCUGUAUCAUGACUUCUGGGAGGAGCAGAUAGAGACUGGGAAUCUAGCCCAUCCAGAUUUGGUGGCUGCAUUCCAUCCAGGUUUUCAUGCCUCCCCAAUCUUGAUGGAAGCUUGGCUACCUACCCUGCUGCUACUUCGUGACCAUGAGAUUCCAACGUUGAUUACUGUCUACAGCCAACAGGAAUUGGAAGCCUCUUUGCAGAUUCUGGUGAACUUGGAUACACACAUCAUUGCUUGUGGAGCUAACCCUUUCACAUCCCUCAAACCUGAACAGGUUUAUUCUAACCCUAAUAAGCAGCCAGUUUACAGCAGUGCCUACUACAUCAUGUUUCUUGGAAGUUCCUCCUGCCAACUAGAGAAGCAAUUAGAAGAAAAGCAGAUGACUUUUCAAUAAUUGAACCAAAUCCUAACCUGAAAAAUGGAAUCUUAUUCAAAUCACCACAUUGAUGUCAAAUUGUUGCCAGCUUUGAGAUCUGCUGAAUGCUAAACCUUAUUCACAGUCCAAGUAAAGAUUCUAUACCAAUGAA